ACUUCUCAGUUCUCAUUGGCCAACAGCAAUUAUACCUUUUGAACCCUUCACAGGCUCCCAGAAACCUUCCUCUCCCUUUCGAUACAUUGUUUGGGUAUAUAUACGCGUAUGCGUCACAUGUUACCUUAGACAAAAAAAAAACAAAUUCUGAAUAAUACUUUAAUUUAUAUCUGUUCCAGUUAGGACAUUGUUCAGACAAAGAUGAAUUUGCAGAGAUGUUUAGUGUCAUUAUGUUGUGUCCUAACCCUUCUGGUAAUCGAAACGACAGCAUACCGCGAGAGACAGCUGCUGCAACCGCAGGAAACGGCGAAAGACACUGCAAACGCGGUGGUGGCGGUACAAGAUCGGGGUUUGAAAACGCGGCGGCCGGAGCAUAAGAACGCCUACGCAACGAUGAUGUACAUGGGAACACCAAGGGACUAUGAGUUUUAUGUUGCGACACGCGUUUUGGUCAGAUCGCUGAGAAGUCUCCAAGUGGACGCUGAUGUUGUCGUCAUCGCUUCUCUUGACGUCCCUCUCCGAUGGGUUCAAGCCUUGGAACAGGAAGAUGGAGCUAAAGUUGUGCGAGUUGAAAAUUUGGAUAAUCCAUACAGGAGACAAACUAACUUCAACAGUAGAUUCAAGCUUACUCUCAACAAGCUCUACGCUUGGGCUUUGUCUGAUUACGACCGUGUUGUCAUGCUCGAUGCCGACAACCUCUUUCUCAAGAAGACCGACGAGCUGUUCCAGUGCGGACGCUUCUGUGCGGUCUUUAUAAACCCUUGUAUCUUCCACACUGGCCUUUUCGUCUUGCAACCGUCGUUGGAAGUGUUCAAGGACAUGCUCCAUGAGCUACAAGUUGGAAGAGAGAAUCGUGAUGGAGCUGAUCAAGGCUUUCUUGUUAGUUACUUCUCUGAUCUUCUUGACAAGCCUCUCUUCCGUCCUCCUAGUAAUGGCUCUGUUCUCAGUGGCCAUUUGAGACUUCCCUUAGGCUACCAAAUGGACGCUUCUUAUUUCUAUCUUAAACUAAGAUGGAACAUACCAUGUGGACCAAACAGUGUGAUUACAUUCCCAGGAGCUGUUUGGUUAAAGCCAUGGUACUGGUGGUCAUGGCCUGUUCUUCCACUAGGUCUCUCAUGGCACGAGCAGCGUCGCGCCACUCUAGGGUACUCAGCAGAGAUGCCUUUGGUUAUAAUCCAAGCAGUGUUCUACCUUGGAAUCAUAUUGGUCACACGACUAGCUCGUCCUAACAUAACUAAGCUAUGUUAUCGCCGCUCCGACCGCAACUUAACAACUAUUCAUGCAGGUUUCAAAUUCAUAGCACUUCUCUCUGUAGUCGCAGCCUAUGUCUUCCCCUUCUUCACCAUACCUCACACCAUACACCCACUCAUCGGCUGGUUCCUCUACUUGAUGGCCUCUUUUGCUCUCUCCUCCAUUCCAAUCAACACUCUUCUCCUCCCAACGCUCCCUGUUCUCACUCCAUGGUUCGGUAUUUUGGGGACGCUCCUUGUCAUGGCCUUCCCUUGGUACCCUGAUGGAGUUGUGAGAGCGUUGUCUGUUUUCGGAUACGCAUUUUGUUGUGCACCUUUUGUGUGGGUCGCAUUCCUCAAGAUCACGUCGCAUCUCCAGGUUCUGAUUGAGAAAGAGGUGCUGUUUCCGAGGUUAGGAGACUCAGGGGGGACUUCUGGCUUCAGUAAAUUGUAUUAGGAGUGUUUAUUUGGCGUAUAUUGGCUCUGUAUAUAAGGGAUUAUUAUUGUUUCAUUUACAUUACAUCAACUCAACUUAACUCAAUCUAACAUUAUUUCAGUUUUACCAAGUACACUCUGUUUCUCUAUCUUAUUAUUUGUGUAACUCUCUGGUUUCUCUAUUUAUAGGUCUCAGGGCUUCUCUGACUGCUCUAGAAUGUAUCAGCUGAGCCAUUUGAAAUACGCUUUAUAGUCAAGCUGUGUGU